AUGGAUCACGUAGACGCCUUGAAGGAAUACGUGCAGUACAUCGUGGGUGUGGAGGAUCCCAUCGACAAGAUCGAGAUGAAGCGACUUGACAAGCUCGGGUUUGAUGUCAGGGUUGCAAGGGGAUCUGACUCAGGUGUUCUUCGCAUUCCCUUCGAGCAACCCGUCCUCGAACGCAAGGCUGUUAAGGAGGCGAUUGUGGCCUUGUCGAAGAAGGUUGCAACCAUCAAGGCGGAGAAGGAGAAGUAG